GUAGGGGAGAAGGUGGAGGGGGUGGCCUGGAGGGUGGCAGGAGUGGAGGGGACGCUUCACCAUGGAAUAUGAAGUCAAGAAAGGGAAAAAGGGCUUCGUGUCCCCUAUCCGGAGGCUGGUGUUCCCCAAGGCCGGUCGCCGGGCAGCCUUUCGGACCAGUGUGAGCCGCCGGCCCCUGCACUCGAUGCCUCUUUAUCCUCCCGACUACCUCAUCGACCCCCAGAUUCUGCUGUGUGACUAUCUGGAGAAAGAGGUCAAGUUCCUGGGCCAUCUCACCUGGGUCACCUCCUCACUGAACCCCUCCAGCCGGGACGAGCUCCUACAGUUGCUGGACACGGCCAGGCAGCUGAAAGAGUUGCCGCUGAAGACCACGGCGGAGCAGGACAGCAUCCUGAGCCUGUCCGCCCGCUGCCUGCUGCUCACCUGGCGCGACAACGAGGAGCUCAUCCUGCGCAUUCCCACGCACGAGAUAGCCGCCGCCUCCUACCUGCAAGACGAUGCUCUGCACCUGCUGGUGCUUAAGACUGGUCUGGGCGUGGAUCCGGUGCCAGCCGGCGUAGACGCCAGCCCCGGCGGCGCAGGGCGCGACCCCGGCCAGCCAGGCGCGGCGCCGGAGAAGCGGCGGGUGGGCACCACCGAGCGGCGCCACACCAUCUGCAGUCUGGACUGGCGGAUGGCGUGGGGCGGGGGCUCGGGCUCCGAGGCCCGGGCUGGGGGCGGGGGCGGCGGCGGCGGCGGCAGCCUGGAGCGCCAGCGCGCCGGGGCGCGGGCGUCGGGCAGCUGGGAGCGGAGGCAGACGUUCAGCGGCAGCUGGGAGCGGCGGCACGGCGGCGGCGGCGGCGCGGGCAAGCCGGGCGGCAGCUGGGAACGGAGGCAGGCGGGCGGCGGCGGCAGUUGGGAGCGGCGCCACCCGGGCCCCAACCCUCUCGACCCUCAGGACCCCAGCCCCGACGCCUACUGCAACCUCGUCAUCCUGGCUGUGGCCAACAGGGAUGCUGCCGAGGAGUCCUGCGCCCUCAUCUGUCAGGUCUUCCAGAUCAUCUACGGGGACCAGAGCAUUGAGUGCGUGGACCGGGCCGGCUACCACUACAUGUCCACACCCGAAAGGCCAUGGCUGUGCAGCCGCAGUGAGAGCUGCCGCACGGACGGGACUUACGCCUAUGACGCCGACUUCAGCUGCUGCAGCUCCUUCAAUAGCUCCCAAGACACAUUCGAAGCGUGUUACAGCGGCACGUCCACACCCUCUUUCCAUGGCUCCCACUGCAGCGGCAGCGACCACAGCGGCCUGGGCCUUGAGCAGCUGCAGGACUACAUGGUCACGUUGCGGAGUAAGCUGGGGCCCUCUGAGAUCCAGCAGUUUGCACUGCUGCUGAGGGAGUACCGACUGGGGCUGCCCAUCCAGGACUAUUGCAACGGCCUGCUGAAGCUCUAUGGAGACCGGCGCAAGUUCCUCCUCCUUGGAAUGCGGCCUUUCAUCCCGGACCAGGACAUCGGCUACUUCGAGGGCUUCCUGGAGGGCGUGGGCAUCCGCGAGGGCGGCAUCCUCACCGACAGCUUCGGCCGCAUCAAGCGCAGCAUGAGCUCCACGUCGGCGUCGGCCGUGCGCAGCUACGACGGCGCUGCCCAGCGGCCCGAGGCGCAGGCCUUCCACCGGCUGCUGGCCGACAUCACGCACGACAUCGAGGCUCUAGCCCCAGACGACGACGAAAGUACAGAUGAGGAGGCCCGGGGCUCCCCGGGCGGGGGCGACGCGGCGGAGGACAACUACCUGUAGCCUGUGCCGCCUGGACGGGGAAGGGGAUGUCCCCGCACUCACUCUUACCUGUGGACCCCAUCUCCACGGCCCCCUCCUCAAACCCCAGCCCUGGGUCUCCCCGGGUCUGUCCCUGGGGUCUGUUUCUGCCCUGGGGGCUCCGGUCCAUGCAGUACCGAGAGUGUCCUGCAGGGGGCGGGACCCUAAACCGGGCUCUGCCUGCUGGACUGAGCAGUGAACAACUUUGCCCCGUUAGCUCCGAGUGCCCGGCCUCAGGACACUCCCUCCUUCUCCAGACUCCGCAGCUUUCUGGAGGCCAGAGGAGGGAUGAAGAGUAGGCUCCACCUGCUGGCCAAUUGGGAGAAGAAUUCCCAGAGCCAGGAGACCUCUGUUCCUCCUAUUUUACAGUUUGAGAAACUGAGGUUCCAGAGGAGGAGGGACUUGAGGGAGUCUCCUGACUCCCCUUAGAUGUUACCUCAAACUGACCUACUAAAUAGUGUAGAGGAUCUUUUUAAAGCUCUACAUGGCAGGAUCUCCCCUUCCCUGAUGGCAUGAAUUAGAUGGUCAGUGUGGAAAAGAGGUUUCUCUCUACUGAGAGUCCACCGAGAGGUGGGUGAUCUGGGUCCCAGUCCUGACUGCAAGGCUCUGAACAGGCUUCUUGUUCAGAUCUUGCAUUUGGAGCUGGACAAUCCUAGGCCUCCUGUCCGGUAGGGGUCCUAGCCUCUCUGUGACUCUGAUUUCCUCUUCUGACCAAGAAGUCUGCCCCACCAACCUCACAGGGUGGUCAUAGGUGUUAUGGAAGUUCAAGACUAUAGUGCUGGGUCAAACACAUGGUAGGCACUCAAUAAAUGCUGUUCCCUUUCACAUUGAA